UUAAUUUAUUUAUGAAAUCAAAUUAUAUUUUUGGAAGAUAUUUAAUACGUUCGCAAAAUACUAAAUAACAAAUAUUAAGAAAGGAGUUUUGUGUUAUUUUAUAUGUGUAUACAGAAAAUAAAAUUUAUUAAAUAAUCGCGAGUAACAUGUGUACGCCAGCAAAAAUAAAAAAAUUAGAUGAAACAGUGGUGAAUAAAAUCGCAGCUGGAGAGAUAAUCCAAAGGCCAGCAAAUGCAUUAAAAGAAUUAAUAGAGAAUAGUUUGGAUGCUAAAGCGACAAAUAUACAAAUUACUACGAAAGAAGGAGGCUUGAAACUAUUACAGAUACAAGAUAAUGGUACAGGUAUUCAAAAGGAAGACAUGGACAUUGUAUGCGAAAGAUUUACCACAAGCAAGUUGCAAAAAUUCGAAGAUCUCAAUGAGCUUACAACAUUUGGGUUUCGAGGAGAAGCUCUGGCUAGUAUCAGUCAUAUAGCUCUUCUUACUAUCACGACAAAAACAGCAGGAAAAUGUGCCUACAAAGCAUCAUAUAUUAAUAGCAACCUAAAAGCACCUCCAGUACCUUGCGCUGGAAAUCAAGGCACCAUAAUAACUAUAGAGAAUCUGUUUUAUAAUGUGGCAACUCGAAGAAAAGCUUUGUCAAAUCCAUCAGAAGAAUUUAAUAAGAUUACAGAAGUAGUCAUGAAAUAUGCUGUGCAUAAUCCAAUAGUAGGAUUUACGUUAAAAAAACAUGGCGAGUCAACUACUCAGGUUCGAACACCCCAUAAUUCAACAAAACAGAGUAACAUAAGAAUAUUGUAUGGCAAUCCAGUUGCUCGUGAACUAUUGGAAGUUGAACUUAACGAUGAUUCCUACAAGUUUAAAAUGCAAGGUUUUGUGACAAAUCCAAAUUAUACAAAUAAACGAAUGAUGCUGCUCUUAUUUAUUAACAAUCGAUUGGUCGACUCUUCUUCCAUCCGUAAGAUGUUGGAGGAAAUAUAUUCUAUGUAUCUUCCAAAAAAGGCCCAUCCAUGGUGUUAUAUAUCUUUGGAUAUCAAUCCACAAAAUAUUGAUGUAAAUGUACAUCCAACAAAACACGAAGUUCGAUUUCUUCAUGAAGAUGCGAUAAUUGAAAGAAUAAAAUAUGCCUUAGACGAAAGAUUGGCCGGUAACAGUGCAUCUAGAACAUUUUACCUGCAAGCCAGAUUGCCAAAAGCAGACAUCACUAAGAAUGUCCUAGAAGAAAUUUUGCCAGAAUAUAGUAAAGAAAAUCCAGAUAUCGAAAAAGUUCAUGCUAGAGAAUUGAUUAGAACAGAUUCGUCCGAUCAGAAAUUGGACAAAUUUAAUUUCAUCGUACAUAUUGACAAACAUAGCAAUACUCUCGUAGAGAAAAAAUUAAUUAAUAAUGUAGAAUCUGAAUCUCUCAGUUUGGAAAUUCCUUUAGAAAAUAAUAUAUCUAAUAUUACUGUCGAAAAUUCAUCCGCUGAUAAUAAACGUCAAGAGACAGAUUCGAACUCGAAUUUAAAUAUUGCAGAACACAAUUCUGUGUCAUUAUGUGGAAGAGAAGUACAUGUUGAAGAGAUUCCAGUUAAUAGUUCAACACAAUGGAGUAAUAUAUUAGAUGCUACAUACUCAUCAGAAAACACUUGUAAUCCAAGUACAUCUACGCAAAAAGAUAAGUCAGACGAUAUUCAUACGAAGAAUAUUACGUACGAUGUUAGAGAAUUUUUAUAUGACUCGGAUGAAACAAUGGAUGAGUCUGUGGAAGACAAUUCUAGAGAUAUUAUAGCCGAUAAAGCUCGUAAGCGAGUGUAUCAAUACUUCGGGAAUAAGGAUAUUAUGGACGAGAGAGAAAAGAAUUUAGAAAAAGAAAAAGAACAAACUACAUUACAAGAUACUGACGAUAAUAAGAAAGAAGAAGAAGGUUCAACAUCUAAUACAAAUCAAUCUGAAAACACUCCUAUUGAGGAGACUGCUUCUACUGAUGAAUCUCCGAAAUCUACAUUGCAAUUUAAAUCAUAUUCUGUAAAUAAUUUUAGACACGAGGUAAAAUUGACUAGUAUUUUAAAAUUACGCAAGGAAGUUGAGGACGAAUGUCAUGAAGGAUUAAGAAACAUUCUCGCUAAUUUGACAUUUGUCGGCUGCAUUGAUCAAACUUCGGCUUUAAUACAAAGUGGAAUGAAUUUGUAUAUAUGCAACACUAGAAAAUUAGCAGAGGAGCUUUUUUACGAGAUCAUGCUUUAUGAUUUUACUAAUUUUGGCGUCAUUAAAUUUUCAGAACGGAUAUCGCUGUUUGAUUUAGCAAUUAUUGCUUUAGAUUCGGGAGAAACUGGAUGGACAGAAGAGGAUGGUCCGAAAGAUGAACUGGCAACAAGGGUAAAAGAGUUACUUUUGGAAAAAGCAGAUAUGAUGAACGAAUAUUUUUCAAUUGUUAUGGAUAAAAUGGGAAAUUUAAGAUCAUUGCCUGUGAUAUUAGACAAAUAUUUUCCAUACGAAGCGGAAAUUCCAUUAUAUAUAAUGCGAUUAGCAACCGAAGUUGAUUGGAGAAAGGAACAAAUAUGUUUUCAGAAUAUUUGUCGUGAAACGGCAAAAUUUUACAGCUACAUUAAUCCAAAGCCUCAGACGCACGAUUGGAAAUAUAUAACCGAACAUAUUUUAUAUCCAGCGAUUAAAGAGAGUUUACUUCCACCAAAACACUUUGCUCACGAUUCCACAAUAUUACAAAUAGCCAGUUUACCUGAUUUGUAUAAAGUAUUUGAGAGAUGUUAAACUACACUAUUCUGUAUAAAAAUGUCUAUAAUAAUUAUUGUAACAAGCAAAUUGUCAAAUAUGUUUAACAUUAAAAUCUUGAUAUUGUACAUUUAUAAUUUA